AUGUCUCAAGGCCACUACCAGGACAAUAACAGUUCUUCUGACUUCCUCGACGACAUCCUCAACAUGAGCCCUCAAGACCUGCAACUCCUCUAUGAAGCUCAAUUCCAGACAACUAUGGAUAACGAGGGCGCAAUGCUGUCUGCCAGUGGCGACCCUGUGUACUUCGCUCAACCUGGCAUCCAAGACUAUGGUGUAGGGAACUACCAGCCGGAUCAUAUUCCUCUAUAUGCACCUGACGAUGGUCAGCAUCAACACGGCUUCGAUGGAUACAGCCAACCGACACUUGAUCAGCCUUCAUCCCAACAUUAUGCAGGUACCCCACCUCCUCGUUAUUCAUCCAUAGAGCCUGCCAGUGCCACAAAUGAGCCAACACACACGGUGGACGUACACUCGCCAUUAGACCCUUUUUACCAACACAUUACACCCAGCCAAUCGGCACCCUCUCAAGCUGCUGCAAUAGCUCCAGUUCAACCCAGGUUCUUUGGACUGUCAUUUCGGAAUCUGGCAGAAGCGAAGGAUAGCAUGCUUAACCGCUAUAUCGAAAAGGACUGGAUGCCGCCUCCCAAUGACAGCACUAUUCCGACUACUGACGAAGACCGAGCUGGACACGUCGCUGAGCUACUAGCAGCAAUGAAAGACACUUCUGCCUGUCCGGACAACCAAGACAAGGACCGAUUUGCGAAACGAUUGACUCCAGGUGCCAAAAAGGCGAUUUAUGAAGACCAGAUGGAGAAGGUGUGCUGGCAGCUAGUUGACACCGCUGAGAAACUACAUGCCUUCGGCCCGAAAUCAUUCUCCAUCUACGACACAACGCCACUGGAGACGAUGUGGGACUGCCGCAACUUUACCUUUGGUGAGCGUAUAGAAAGUCUCUGUGAGCUCUUGCGGCUUUCCAAGAGCCGGUGCUUCUCGCUGCUCAAGGGUGAGAAUCUUGAAACUACUGUGGGUGCGGCUCCCCAGAAGAUUACGGGUACAAUCCUGAACAAUGGACAGAAUAAAAACCGCCAGAAGUAUAUCGCGGAAGGUCGAACGAGGGUGAAGGAGAAAACGGCUACGACGUCACCUGAAGAUCAAGCCUCUGUCACGGACGGUAAUGAGGAACUCGAUUCCAGUGUCGCAAUGACUCUGCCUUCGAACGACCUUGAGGAAGAGUUGGAUUUAGAUGUCGCGACGAGCCUGCAAUCAUCAGAGCCUCUGCCACCUGCCAACGUCGGAACGAGUAUCAUCGGCGACGUCCAAUCGAACAAUACCCAGACUGUCUCUCAGUACGCGGGCGACAAUGGCGGGCAGCAUGCUUUCGUCGAACAAGCUUUCACCGAACAUGCUUUCGCCAUCCGCCUCGUACGCCCCGACUACAACGCCAUCGAUGCACGGAAUCUAUUCCCCGAGCACGCAGCCAUCACCGGUGACACCUUGGACGCCGUCGCCGUCUUAUAUGCCGCACAUGACCGAAGGCUAUCCGCACACUCCAUACCAACACCCAUUUGCCAUUCCUAG